AUGACGGAUACCGUAGCUACAUGCAGCAGCAGCUCUGUCACAUCAACGACACUACCUACUACUACUGCUACUAUCGAAGCCUUUGAAUCACUGAACAAGUGGAAGAAUGGAGCAACGUCUCUCCAAAUCCCUCCUCGAAUGGUCUACCAGCACAAUCGCUCCAAAGCGGCAUCCAAGGGGUUUCCGUCCGUGUUGGAGGUAGGACAAAGCCGAGGCUUGACAGACCACGAAGUAGCAGCACUGUAUGGAUGGACCACGGGAGAUUAUCGAAUGGUGAAUCCCAUUGCGAGGGGACUGGAAAUAGUGGAAUUUGAGGAUUAUCCCUUGUUGCCACAAGAUCUUUCCAAGGUAACGUUUACGCUGACCAAAGAGGACGUCCUACCGUACAUUCAAAUUUUAAAGGCUGCGCUCUCCAAGUUACCAUCGGAUGGACAACGGGUGUGGAGAGGACACAAACGACCCUUGCCAAGAAAUGUUGGAUCCACAUUUGUGUUGGAAGGCUUUGCCAGUGCCACUUUGGAUCGGGACAAUGCGCUCGAGUUUUGUACCCAAGUAGCAGCCGACGGCAGCAACCAAAAUCAACGAACGCUGAUUUGUAUGUUGUCGUCUCAGAGUGGUAAAUCCAUCUCCAAAUUUAGUGCGAGACCCGAAGAAAUGGAAGUGAUUUUCCUACCCGACACCAAGUUUGAAGUAGUGGAUGCACCUACGUCGUCCGAGAACGAUCAAAAAGCGGUCAAGCACGCUCUCGAGGGCUUGCGAGAGAAGCUGCCCGAGGCUACAAUUCAUUUGUUAUAUGUCAAGGAGGUGGAAGCUUAG